AUGGCCAAUAUGUUUAUUAUCAUCAUUGUCAAAAGUGACCAACAUCUACACAAGCCCAUGUACAUCUUUAUUGGAGCACUUUCGUUUCUAGAGAUUUGGUACCCUUCAGUCACUGUUCCAAGACUACUAUGGGCUUUGCUAACCCAAGCAGAGUCUAUCUCUAUAGCCGGCUGCUUAACUCAGUUUUUCUUCCAUUUUUCAUUUGGUGCCACAGAAAACUUUCUUCUGACCAUUAUGGCCUUUGACCGAUUUGUCGCCAUAUGCAAACCACUGCACUAUUUACUGAUUAUGAAGCAAAGUAUUUGCACAAAACUACUAUUGGGAUCUUGGAUCUUUGGGUUCCUAGUUGUUGCUAUCCCUUGUUUACUGAUCUCCAGACUCUUCUUCUGUUUUGAAAAUGAGAUUGAUCACUAUUAUUGUGACUUUGCUCCUUUGAUUAAAUUGUCUUGCACUGAAACGUCACAUAUUCAGAAGAUGGUCUUUGUUUCAUCUUGUUUUGUAAUAUUGGGAUGCUUUUUAGCAAUCAUUGUGUCUUAUACUUGUAUUAUCCAAGUGACAAUGAACUUCCCAACUUCCUUUGGAAGACAAAAGACAUUUUCUACCUGUGCAUCCCAUCUAGUUGUUGUGAUUGUCUUCUAUGCUACGACCAUUUUCAUGUUUGUUCGACCUACUACUGGUCACCUAUUACAUUUGAAUAAGAUCAUUUCUGUGAUCCCGUCCAUUGUAACUCCCCUAUUGAACCCUAUCGUCUACACCCUAAGAAACCAUGAAGUAAAAGAAGCAGUAAAGAAGAAUGUUCAAGACUUGAAAGUGAAGUCAAAAUCAAACUUUACAUCAUUUUCAUUAUAA